AGGUAAAGGAGGAGGAACUGAGAAGAAUAAAGGUAAAGAGCAGAACAAGAGCCUGACAGUAAGACAUGAACCAGUAGGAUGAGUGGGACGCGGCUCUGGCUACUGGCCUCUCUGGCCUUCGCCUCUCUGACCUCUCUGGCUGAUGGAGCUCCACUGAAGGUGAUGUCUGCUCCCAACUUGUUGAGGGUAGGAACAGCAGAGAACGUCUUUGUGGAGUGUCAGGACUGUAGUGGAGGAGACCAGAGGGUUGAAAUCAUUGUGAUGAACCAUCCAACCAAAACUAAAACACUGACAAGCACAACUGUGACUCUCACUGCAGCAAACAACUUCCAGCAGUUUGGACAAAUAACGCUUCCUGCAUCCGACUUCAGUAAAGAUCCCAACAUGAAGCAGUAUGUUUACCUCCAAGCUCAGUUCCCUGACCGGCUGCUGGAGAAGGUCGUCUUAGUGUCCUUCCAGUCUGGAUACAUCUUCAUUCAGACAGACAAGACCAUCUACACCCCCGACACUAAAGUUUAUUACAGGCUGUUUGCAGUGAUGCCUCAAAUGGAGCCUGUAGACACACCAGAACCUGACCUGCGAUGUGUUGAUGUUAAGAUUGUGACUCCUGAUGACAUUGUUCUACCAUUUCUUACAUCCUGCUUGGAUUCAGGCAUCUUUUCGGGAACUUACCAACUUGAUGAAGUUGCCAGUCCUGGACUGUGGAAAGUUGUGGCCAAUUUCCACACACUGCCUCAGCAAAAUUACUCUGCAGAGUUUGAAGUUAGAAAAGAAGAAUAUGUUUUGCCCAGUUUUGAAGUUAAACUGACGCCUAGGAGCUCCUUUUUUCAUGUGGACAGUCCAGAACUCAUCUUCAACAUCAAGGCUACGUAUUUGUUUGGUGAAGAUGUGAAGGGAGCAGCUUUUGUUGUGUUUGGGGUUUUGCAAGAGGGUCAGAAAAAGAGCUUUCCCAGUUCACGUCAGAGGGUCAUGAUUGAGAAUGGUAAUGGAGCUGUUACUCUGAGGAGAGAGCACAUCACACAGACGUUUCCAAACAUCCUUGAUCUGGUUGGAAGUUCCAUAUUUGUUGCUGUGAGUGUGCUCACAGACAACGGUGGUGAAAUGGUGGAAGCAGAGUUGAGAGGUAUCCAGAUCAUUACAUCACCUUAUAGCAUCAACUUCAGAAGAACACCCAAAUACUUCCAACGAGGAAUGUCGUUCGAUGUGGCGGUUGAAGUUAUGAAUCCUGAUAAAACUCCAGCACAAGGUGUCCCAGUGGUGGUGGAUCCAGGUAAUGUGAAGGGCUUCACUGCAGCUAACGGCAUCGCAAAAUUGACCAUCAAUACAGUGCCAGGGUCUCAGACACUAUCCAUCACUGCCAAGACCAUUGACCCUUCUAUUUUAGCUGAAAGACAAGCGACAGCCACCAUGGUAGCUCAGCCAUAUAUUACAAACAGUGACAACUAUAUCGACAUAGGUGUGGACAAAGAAGAGGUUCGUUUAGGAGACCUACUCAAAAUCAAUCUUGCUUUCAACACGAGGUCAACUCAAAGCACUGACAUCACAUACCUGAUCCUGAGCAGAGGUCAACUAAGGCAGUAUGGCCGUAACAAGAGACAAGGCCAAGUAUUUAUAACCCUGAUCGUCCCCAUCACCAAAGACAUGCUGCCGUCUUUCCGCAUUGUAGCCUACUACCAUCCAAGUGAUAAUGAAGUAGUAUCAGACUCUGUUUGGGUGGAUGUGAAGGACACAUGCAUGGGCUCGCUGACGUUGGAACCAUCAAGACCUAUUCUAUCCUAUGAGCCUCGUAAAGUAUUUGGUCUGAAGGUCACUGGCGAUCCAGAGGCCACAGUGGGACUGGUGGCUGUGGACAAAGGUGUCUACAGCCUAAACAACCAGCAUCGCCUCACUCAGAAAAAGGUGUGGGAUAUUGUGGAGAAGUAUGACACUGGCUGCACACCAGGUGGAGGGAAGGACAGUAUGGGUGUUUUCUAUGAUGCUGGUUUGGUGUUUCAGUCCACUGCUGGUUCUGGAACUCCAUACAGACAAGAGCUGAAAUGUCCGUCCCCCAGCAGGAGGAAACGCGACACCACAGAUUACAGCUCAGAGGAGGACAGUUAUAUGGACAGCCAUGAAAUAGUUACUCGCACACUCUUCCCUGAAAGUUGGCUGUGGAAAAACAUCAAACUGCCUGCUUGUUCUACACAAAACCCAGAUUGUGCAUCUACAUCAUAUGAACAGAGGGUUUCUUUGCCUGACUCAAUCACAGCCUGGCAGUUCACUGGUAUUAGUCUGUCAAGGACUCAGGGAAUCUGUGUUGGGGAUCCACUAGAGGUCACUGUCAGGAAGGAUUUCUUCAUUGAUCUCAGACUGCCCUACGCCGCUGUCCGCGGAGAGCAGCUGGAAGUUAAAGCAAUCCUCCACAACUACACCCCUGAUCCUAUCACUGUUCGCGUGGAUAUGACUGAGGUGGAGAAUAUUUGCAGUGCAGCUAAUAAACGUGGAAGAUAUCGCCAGGAGGUAAACCUCGGAGCCCGGACUACAGUCUCUGUUCCCUACAUUAUUAUACCCAUGAAGGAAGGACAGUUCGCGAUUGAGGUCAAAGCUGCUGUUAAAGGCUCAUCACUGUCUGAUGGGAUCACAAAGAUGCUGCAAGUGGUGCCCGAAGCUGUUCUUGUUAAAUCUCUUCCGGUUGUAGUCCAAAUUAAUCCAAUUAAAAAAGGUGCAGGAGGUAAACAAGAAGUCAUUCUCAACAGUGCUAUUCCUAAGAAGGAUUUGGUUCCAAACACUCGUACUAACACACAGAUCAUUAUAACAGGGAGACAAAAUAUAGGUGUAGAGAACUUUAUUAGUGGCCACUCCAUGGGUUCUCUGAUCAUCCAGCCAUCAGGUGAUGGAGAGCUGAACAUGAUCCGUAUGACUCUACCUGUCAUUGCAACAACGUAUUUGGAUAAAACCAACCAGUGGGAAACUGUGGGCUUUGACAAACGUAAUGAAGCCCUUCAACACAUCACAACUGGCUAUCGCAAUAUGCUUGCCUAUCGUAAAUCAGAUGGGUCUUUUACUACAUUCUCCAGUGUAUCAAGCAGCACUUGGCUGACAGCCUAUGUUGUCAAGGUGUUCUCUAUGGCCAGCAGUCUGGUGUCAGUGCAAACCAACGUGAUCUGUGAGGCUGUCAAGUUUCUGAUCCUCAACACACAGCAGUCGGAUGGACUGUUUAGAGAAAUUCGAAAGGUGGAUCAUGGAGAGAUGACUGGUGAUGUGUUUGGCACAGAUUCAGAUGCUUCCAUGACGGCCUUCUGCCUCAUCGCUCUUCAAGAGUCGCGGCAAAUCUGUGCUGCCUCUGUAAAUUCAUUACCAAGCAGCAUAAACAAAGCUGUGACCUACCUUGAGAAGCGUCUGCCCAGCCUCACCAACCCUUAUGCUGCCGCCAUGACGUCAUACGCUUUGGCCAACGAAGGCAAACUGAACCGAGGGUUCCUCUACAAGUUUGCUUCUUCAGAAUCAUCUCACUGGCCUGUAAUCAAGGGAAAUGUUUACACACUGGAGGCCACGGCCUACGCUCUUCUGGCUCUGGUCAGGGCCAAGGCUUUUGAAGAUGCCAGACCUGUUAUGAGAUGGUUCAACCAGCAGCAGAAAGUAAAUGGAGGCUACAGAUCAACUCAGGCCACUAUGAUAGUGUACCAGGCAGUAGCAGAGUACUGGACCAGUGCUAAAGAACCAGACUAUGAACUAAAUGUGGACGUCUUGUUGCCAGACCGAUCGAUUCCUAAUAAAUACAAGUUCAGCAGAGAAAACCACUUUACAAGUGGUACAAGAGCAAUGACAUUCAAUGACAUAAACAAAGAUGUCAAAGUGAUGGCGACUGGCUCAGGAGAAGCAACAUUGACUAUGGUGUCGUAUUAUUAUGCUUUACCUAAAGAGAAGGAGAGUGAUUGUGAGAAGUUUGACAUGUCCGUGACGCUCACCCCAGAGGAACAGGCCGAUGAGAUGAUAUACACGCUGACAAUAGAUGUUUUAUAUAAGGACAAGACACGUGAUGCAACCAUGUCAAUCCUGGAUAUCGGUUUGUUAACGGGCUUCACAGUUAACACAAAUGACCUGGAUGCAUUGUCUAAAGGUCGCACUCGCAUUAUUUCAAAGUAUGAGAUGAACAAAGUCCUGUCAGAAAGAGGCUCACUCAUCAUUUAUCUGGACAAGGUUUCUCACACACGACCAGAAGAAAUCAGAUUUAGGCUCCAUCAGAAGCUGAAAGUUGGUGUCUUACAACCAGCUGCUGUGUCUGUCUACGAAUACUACGACCCAAAACCUUGUGUGAAAUUCUACCACACAGAGAAAAAAGCUGGAGAGAUUAAUUUGCUCUGCAUAAAUAAUAUUUGCAUAUGUGCAGAAGAGAAAUGUGUUAUGCGUAAGCAGGGGCCGAUCAGCAGUGCAGAGCGCAUGGCUAAAUGUUGUGAAAAUACGCCUUUAAGUAAAACAGAUUUUGCAUACAAAGUGAGACUGGAGGAUUUGUCAGCUGACAAUUACACAAUGAAAGUACUGGAAGUCAUUAAGAAAGAAUGUCAUGAUGCGGCACCUGAGAGUAAAUUGCACAUAUUCUUCAGUUUACCUAAGUGCAAAAAUGUUUUAGAUGUGCAGAAAGGCAAAACCUACCUGAUCAUGGGCACGUCCCGUGACAUUUACAGUGAUGACCAAAGUCAAUCGUAUCUGUAUGCGCUUGGUGAGAGUACCUGGAUUGAGUACUGGCCCACAGCGGCAGAGUGUCAGACUGCGGAACACAGAGUUACCUGUGUGGGCCUGAAAGAGAUGGCCUUGCAGUAUACUGCCUUUGGAUGUUCAGAGUGAUAAAAGCUAACACAAAUGCUGCACUUGUGCUCUCAGCCUUGGAUUUGACCUAACCUGCAUAUACCUUGACCAUAGAGUUCACCUCUAAGUUCUGAUCUGGCCUCUUUGGUUACUGUUUGAUUAGGUUUGCUUACUUUGGUUUUACUUGUCUUUUCAAUUUGCCUAAAUAAUAAAUGCAACUGUAACGAA